UCAAAGACUGAAAACCAGUUCCCCUGCAGUGGGACUACAGCUCCCAUCACCCAUGGCUAUCCCAGCCUUUAGCUGAGUUGGCCUGGAGGGCUGAUGGGUGACGUGGAGCUGGAGGGGCCCCAAGCCAGUGAAACAAGGUUCCGGCAGGGAUCCCUCAUCUUGGGUCUCCUGGCCGCCAAAGGGAACAGGGUGGCCUCUUCGGGGUCACUUGGCACCCGCAGACCUGCCGGUCCCCUCUCCUGCCCCCGCUACCGCUCUUCUCAUCCGCUGGACCAGCCCGGCCGGCCUGCAGCUCAACCGCAACGCCUUGGCUGGCCAAGCCCCCCUUCCUCUCCUCCCCCACCCCAAGUGGGGCUCUUGUAGAGGUUCCGGGUCCCUUCCUGGCGGAAGGAAUCCGCGUUCCUGCUGGAGGGGUGAACUGGCAGCGAGGGGGACAAAUGCUCCCGGGGGCCUCGUGGGUGGACUUCUGGAGCGUUUGGGAAAAAAGGGAAGAGGGAAGAUGGAGCAGGAUGAGGGUGAAAGGGUCAGGGGCAUUCCUGCAUUUCCCUUGGGGAAGGGCUGCUCGGACUGGAAGCCACGAGGGCACUUGCAGACGGAGGCACAGUGCCGUUGGGCGAACCUUGGCAACGCCCUUUCGGGCUGAAUGUGCCGGGGAGAGAAGAGCUUGCCGAGGGCCUGAAAGCUGCUGGGUGACCUCUGUUCGCAGGAAGCUGCUCUGCUGCCAAAAAAUGCGGGGCUGGAAGAGCGCCGGGGCUUUACUUGUGAGUCAGGGACGGGCGAGGCCAGAAGCUAAGGCAGAAAGGAAGGAGCCCCUCCCCAAUCCAGAGCUGCAGAUCUCCAGGCAGUUGCAGACCAUCAGCCUCCUUCAGCCCCGAUGCAGCCUGUGCCGAAGAGGGGGACCUGGUGGCGUGGGUCCAGCCAGGUUGGAAGUCACCAGGGAUGAGGAGAAUUUGGAACCCAGAUCUUGCGCACCAGGCCCACGCGUCCUGCUGAGGGUCUCAAAGUCCAAGUGCCAGCCGGCUGCUUUGUCUUUGGGGAAGACGUCCUCCCAUCUCCAGUUCACAUGGGCGGCACAAUUAGCCCCGACAGGCCUGGAAAACAGGAGGGCUGCGUCAAGCCCGGCCUCAACAAUGAAGACCCCACGGAACCCCUGCUCUGGAGAUACGCCGAGCUUCACGUGCCCAGCAUGCAACCGCCCCGAGUGCACCACCGGCUUUGCAUGGGCAACAUAUGCUCACCCAGGUCCUGUAGAUUUUUUAAACCUUGACUUAACUGAGGUGCGUGCAGGUAACUUUUUGCACAGAGGAACGUCCCUUACGCAGGCCUCCAACGGCAUGUCAAGCUGGCUUCCUGUGUCCGACUCCCAAGCCAAAAGUCGAGAACUUUCCCAUUUUUGCUGCACCUGCGCCCCAAUUGCUAGAAACAUGGCAAUGACUCUUCUUGGCCAGCUGGCAGGCUGGUGGAGGCAACCAGCCGACCAAGAGGCUGCAAUGUCAGGCAGGUCUGCAGGGUGUGGUCCAGAAAGCCAAGAUGGCGGCCGUGACAGUGCGAUGCACCUAAAAACUUGGUGGAGCCUUGAUUGCCCUGUCGCGGCUGCCAUCUUGACUUUCUGGACCACGCCCUGCAGUUGCUCCUGGUGGCGUGCAUCCUUGUGGGGCUUCGGCAAGAUCAAACCUAAGUCAGACUUCCCGACCAGGCAUUGGCCAAACGAUCUGGAUUUCAAUUCCCAGAAUUCCCAGCUAAGCCUGACCGUAAGCUGGUCCCUCUGGAAGGUGAGGCUCAAUCUGGCUGGAGGACAUCAGCUGGGCAAGGCUGAUAGGUCAAGGAGACAAGAAGACUUUUCUGAAUUGGCUUUAAAUCUCUGACAUUUGAUCUUUGUAGCUGUUGCUUUUAAAUGUGCCCACUGUCUAAAGGAGGUUUUCGGCCCAGAGAAGCAUAUAUAAAUAUGCCCACCUAGGAAAUAUAUGAGUCAUGCCCCAAAUUGAUAAAUGCAUGCAUAUUUACAUCCACCUAUCCAUCUCCCCCCGUCUCCCCACCACGUUUGCUUUCAUUCUGGUGGACGAGGCAAGUCCUUAGGAGGCUGUUAUGGAGGAGUGGCACUGAUUCAAGGUGAGAGGAGCGGAGAAAAGAGAAAGCUAGGAGGCCAGGCAGCAGGAGGAGAGAAGGAACAUACUGUGAUUAAGAAUAAGCCAAUCCUUGGAGUGACCGAGACGGUGUUUGAAACUUGUCUGCAGAAUCCUCAAAGGGUUGGUCUGGUUG